AUGGGAGCUUUGUCAAUGAAGCUAAAUCAGCAUCUAGGAUCCUUGGAAGCCGAAGCAAAAGCUUAUGAAUUGGGCAUUAUGUUUGCUAAAGAUAUGGGAUUUCAUGAGAUUGUUCUUGAGGGGGAUUCUGUUAUGGUUUCAAAUGCUAUUGCUGACAUUUCUCCUCCUCCAUCUUCGAUUGCAUUAGUUGUAUAUGGAAUUAGUUCUUUGUUAAGUACUUUUCGUAGAUUUUCUAUUUCACAUGUUGGUAGGAAAGGUAAUCAGGUAAUCCACUUGUUAGCAAAACAUGCUCAGGGUGUUGAGCAAUAUGUUGCUUGGAUUGAGCAGAGCCCUUGUUUCUUAGAACAUGCUCUCUCAACUAAUGUAUUUGUUUCUAGUUCAUGUUAA